CGAUCCAGAAGAAGAAGAAUGGAAGGAAGAAUUGCCCCCCAUGUCCUCAUCUUCCCUCUCCCAGCUCAAGGUCAUGUCAACUCCAUGCUCAAGCUCUCCGAGCUUAUCUGUCUCGCCGGCAUUCAGGUUACCUUCUUCGUCUCCGAACACGACCACGCCCUCCUCCUCGUCCACUCCGACGUCCAUCGCCGCCUCACCCGACUCCCUGGAACCUUCCAAUUCCACACUUACCCCGACGGUCUCCCACACGAUUCUCUCCGUUCAGGUCAAGUAUUCGUCUCCCAUAUCUACUCCUCCCUUAGAUUUACCAUUAAACAAUUCUUCCUAGAUUAUCUUACCAAUUCCGCUACUCAAUCGCCGCCCGCGACGUGCAUCAUAGCGGAUGGAGGGAUGAGUAGUUGCGUCCUAGAUGUCGGUGAACAGAGAAACAUUCCCAUCAUUUACUUCCGUACAAUCGGCGCCUCCUGCUUCUGGUGCUACCAUCGUUUCCCUCAGCUUAUCCAAUCCAACGAGCUCCCAUUCCAAGGAACCGACUUGGAUUUACCAAUACAAAACGUCACGACCAUGGAAGGCUUUCUCCGGCGACGCGACCUACCCAACAUGUGCCGCACUUGCGAUUUGAACGAUCUAGCCAUCCAGUCCAUUAUGACCGAGACUCUAUCUAGUAGGCGAGCCCACGGUAUUAUAUUCAACACCUUCGAGGAUCUAGAAGGACCGGUCCUUGAUGAAAUUCGAACUGAAAUCCCUAAUGUCUACACAAUCGGGCCAAUACACGCCCAUCUGAAGACGAGGCUAGCUGAGAAUGAGAAGGAGACAUUGUCAAUUUCAGCCACCAACAGCCUGUGGAAAGAAGACCGGAGUUUCAUGGGAUGGUUGGAUUCACAAUCGGACAAGUCUGUCAUCUAUGCUAGCUUUGGUAGCUUAACAAUCUUGACAAAGGAACAACUACUUGAAUUUUGGUAUGGUCUUGUUAACAGCGGCAGACCCUUCUUAUGGGUAGUAAGGCCCGAUUCAGUAACUGAUGAUCAAGACGGUCAAAUUCCGACUGAAUUGGAGGAUGGGACGAGGGAUAGAGGUCGUAUCGUGGGUUGGGUACCGCAAGUAGAGGUUCUAUCUCAUCCGGCCAUAGGUGUAUUUCUAACUCACAGUGGUUGGAACUCGACGCUCGAAAGUAUUGAGAUUGGGGUGCCUAUGAUUUGUUGGCCUUUCUUUUACGAUCAAUAUUUGAACAGUAGAUUAGUGGGAGGAUUGUGGAAAUUGGGUUUGGAUAUGAAAGAUAUUUGUGAUCGGGUUGUAGUCAAGAGAAUGAUCGAUGAGGUGAUGGAUGUUAGGAGAGACGAGUUCGUAAGGCGUGCUAACCGAAUGGCUGAGUUAACUCGGAAGGCUAUUACAAGUGGCGGUUCAUCCUAUUCUAAUUUUGAUCGUCUUAUUGAUGACAUAAGAUCCAUGGCACAUGCAGAAAAGUCAGAUUUUACCGCUACUAGAUGGUUGACUAAGUAUAACCUUUAUUUUUUCAAAAUUGGCAAUAUAUACCAAAUAUCUGGUUUGUGUCGUGUUGGUGAGAGAGUUAACAACAAAGAGGAGGAAGACUUGAAAAGAAGAAAAAGAAUGGAAGGAAGAAUUCCCCCCCAUGUCCUCAUCUUCCCUCUCCCAGCUCAAGGUCAUGUCAACUCCAUGCUUAAGCUCUCCGAGCUUAUCUGUCUCGCCGGCAUCCACGUUACCUUCUUCGUCUCCGACCACGACCACGACCUCCUCCUCCUCCACUCCGACGUCCAUCGCCGCCUCUCUCGCUUCCCUGGAACCUUCCAAUUCCACACCUACCCCGACGGUCUCCCACACGAUUCUCUCCGUUCAGGUCAAGUAUUCGCCUCCCAUAUCUUCUCUUCCCUUAGAUUCACCAUUAAACAAUUCUUCCUAGAUUACCUUCACAAUUCAAGUACUCAAUCGCCGCCGCCGGCGACGUGCAUCAUAGCCGAUGGCGCGAUUAGUAGUUGCGUCCUUGAUGUAGGCGAACAGAGAAGCAUUCCCAUCAUUUACUUCCGUACAAUCGGCGCCUCCUGCUUCUGGUGCUACUAUCGUUUCCCUCAGCUUAUCCAAUCCAACGAGCUCCCAUUCCAAGGAACCGACUUGGAUUUACCAAUACAAAACGUCACGACCAUGGAAGGCAUUCUCCGGCGACGCGACCUACCCAACAUGUGCCGCACUUGCGAUUUGAACGAUCUAGCCAUCCAGUCCAUUAUGACCGAGACUCUAUCUAGUAGGCGAGCCCACGGUAUUAUAUUCAACACCUUCGAGGAUCUAGAAGGACCGGUCCUUGAUGAAAUUCGAACUCAAAUCCCUAAUGUCUACACAAUCGGGCCAAUACACGCCCAUCUGAAGACGAGGCUAGCUGAGAAUGAGGAGGAGGAGACAUCGUCAAUUUCAGCCACCAACAGCCUCUGGAAAGAAGACCGGAGCUUCAUGGGAUGGUUGGAUUCACAAUCGGACAAGUCUGUCAUCUAUGCUAGCUUUGGUAGCUUAACAAUCUUGACAAAGGAACAACUACUUGAAUUUUGGUAUGGUCUUGUUAACAGCGGCAGACCCUUCUUAUGGGUAGUAAGGCCCGAUUCAGUAACUGAUGAUCAAGACGGUCAAAUUCCGACUGAAUUGGAGGAUGGGACCAGGGAUAGAGGUCGUAUCGUGGGUUGGGUACCGCAAGUAGAGGUUCUAUCUCAUCCGGCCAUAGGUGUAUUUCUAACUCACAGUGGUUGGAACUCGACGCUCGAAAGUAUUGAGAUUGGGGUGCCUAUGAUUUGUUGGCCUUUUUUCUAUGAUCAGUAUUUGAACAGUAGAUUAGUCGGGGGAUUGUGGAAAUUGGGUUUGGAUAUGAAAGAUAUCUGUGAUCGGGUUGUAGUCAAGACAAUGAUCGAUGAGGUGAUGGAUGUUAGGAGAGACGAGUUCGUAAGGCGUUCUAAACGAAUGGCUGAGUUAACUCGGAAGGCUAUUACAAGUGGCGGUUCAUCUUAUUCUAAUUUUGAUCGUCUUAUUGAUGACAUAAGAUCCAUGGCACAUGCAGAAAAGUCAGAUUUUACCUCCUAAAGGAUUUGUUUGAUUCUAUAAGCACUCUCUCAUUUAACAACUUUUGUUAGAAACUUUAUUUUUUUAUUAAUAGUUCCAACAAGACUAAAACUGAUA